GGACAAAAAUUAGAAGUUAGAACAAUCUCCCAAGGAGACAAGGACUUAAGUCAACAUACUCAAGCACUCCUAAUUCCUAAUUUCCUAUACUCCUUUUUGUUAAGCCUCCGAAUUCAAGACAAGGAACACUCACAGCUCAAGAAAUUGAACAUCGGGAGUGAUAAUGGAGGCGGAAUUGAAAGAGAUGUUUAACGAUCUGGAAGCUCUUAAACGAUCUUCUCCUGAGUCAUCUCUCCACAAUUCGAUCCAUCAGUUGCAAUCACGAGUGGAGCAUAUUGCAAGCCUUGCUAAGUCAGCACCAGGUCGACGUUCCAAAGUGAAGGAUAUGAGUGCAGAGGUUAUAGAUAGCAAUCCAUACAGUCGACUAAUGGCGCUUCAGAGAAUGGGAAUAGUGGCUAAUUAUGAACGAAUACGAGAAUUCUCAGUUGCUAUUGUUGGUAUAGGCGGAGUUGGAAGUGUUGCAGCUGAGAUGCUCACUAGAUGCGGCAUAGGUAGGCUUUUGCUGUAUGAUUAUGACACAGUGGAAUUGGCUAAUAUGAAUAGGCUCUUUUUCCGUCCAGAGCAGGUUGGUAUGACAAAGACUGAUGCUGCUGUCCAGACUCUAUCAGAUAUAAAUCCUGAUGUCGUACUUGAGAGCUAUACAAUGAACAUAACAACAGUUAAUGGCUUUGAAACUUUCAUGUCAAGUUUAAAGAAGAAAACGUUUCGAUCAGAUAAAGAAGGCAGCGGGGUGGAUCUUGUUCUGAGUUGUGUUGACAAUUACGAAGCUAGGAUGGUAGUGAAUCAGGCAUGCAAUGAAUUGAAUCAAACAUGGAUGGAGUCUGGUGUCUCUGAGGAUGCUGUUUCUGGUCAUAUACAAUUGCUAAUCCCUGGAGAAACAGCUUGUUUUGCAUGUGUUCCCCCUCUAGUUGUGGCAUCAGGAGUCGAUGAGCGUACACUUAAGCGUGAAGGAGUUUGUGCUGCCUCUCUUCCAACUACGAUGGGUGUUGUUGCUGGACUUCUUGUUCAAAAUACACUUAAAUAUCUUUUGAAGUUUGGUCAAGUUUCACGAUACUUGGGUUAUAAUGCUUUGAAAGAUUAUUUCCCAACCAUGGAAAUGAAACCAAAUCCUCAAUGUCCCAAUACAGCAUGCCUUGAGAGACAGAAAGAGUACAUGUUAGCAAAACCGUCCAGAGAUGCUGCUGCUAAAGCCAAGUUGGAAGCGGAAGCGCAAGCAUUAUCAGCUAUGGAAGUCCCAAUUCAUGCUGAUAAUGAAUGGAAUAUCAGUGUUGUCGAUGAUGCUGAACCGGAAGGAUCAACUAGUCAUACUGCAGAUGCCCUUCCAGAGGGUCUUGUCCAUGAGCUCCCUGCUGCAGAUGAAUAUAAGCAUGCCCCAUCACAGGAACAAGAUGCCCAAGACACUGAAACAGUUGAUGAUCUUGAGGAGCUUCGGAAGCAACUCGAGGCCCUUAAUGCAGAUUAAGGAUAUGGAUAUCUUUACGUGUUUCUUGGUUUUCGCAGAGAAGAAAAUAUAGUUCAACAAACCGUGAACUAAGGAUCCUCGCUAUCUUUUUGUUUCUUUGCUAGAAUGUUUUCAACCCUGUCGGCUUCAAGAUUUUAUGAGCACAAUUUGAAUAUAGAUCAUCUUUUUACAUUCGUUGGCGUACAAUUUUGUACUUCUUCCGUAACUACGGACUAUUAUACUUAUACAUUUCACUUUAUAAUGCAAUGUUUUGUUUUGAUUCUUUGUA